UGCACAUCUAAUUAGAAAUAAAUGCCAUAUAAACCUCACUCAUCAAAAGGGGACACUUCCCCUUUAAGAGCAGGAAACAGAGGUGACUUCCACCUGGGGAGGUGACAGUUGGUUCAGUCCGUUGGUUGUCACUUUGGUGAGAGACAUCGGGCUACAGCGCGUUUCCUGCGAUCUUUGCGAUUUUUUCUGCAAGUUCUGCAAGUUUGCUGCUCAUCGUCAUCAGAGCAUUUUUUGGCUUCCCCCUAGUUUGAUAUAAUCCAUCCUUAUCAGAACUAGUUUUUUGGGAUAGCCAGGGUCUCCUCAGGGAGACCCCUUGGGGUACCCGGCCUUGUGCCGGUCCCUUUUAUUUUUCUUUCAGAAGCGACACCAUCUUCGACUUCUGCGUUUUUUGAAAGACGACUGAAACAUCAUGGACCGCUCCCUAGAGAUGGAGUCGGUUUUGUUGACCUGGAAGAACUUCAGGGAGGAGGAGGAGACAGACAUUGAGAGUCUCCUCUAUUUUUAUGAACAUCACUACAGGAGAGAGUUCGGGAAGAUCGACGACUUAGCCAACUUCCUGAUCCGAUAUGCAGCCACCCACCAGUACCUGACUAGGGCGAACCUGGUGUAUUUUAUCUACGUGGUCAUGAAUCUGGAACAACUGGAUAAUAUUGUGGCUGAUUUCCAGCUGCCGGAAUCACCUCUCAGAGACAUCAACAUAGACCCAGAGGAGGUUGCUGAAGCCUUGAAAACUUUAAGAUCAAUAUCGGAGGGCAUGGAGAGAAAACUCCUCGAGAAGGAGAAGGAGCUGGAAGAAGCUGCCAUGACCAGUCAACAGGAGAAAGUGGAGGAAGAUCACUUGCAGGAAGAGGAGAACCAUCAGGAGGAGCAAGAAGAGGUGGAACACAAGGAAGAGGAACAAGAGGAGAAAAACAAGGAACAAGACGAAGAUGUUCCUCCAGAAAAGAAAGAGGAUAUGGAAGAACUGGAGAAAGAUGUUCCUCCAGAACAACAAGAAGAGGAGAUGGGACUGGAGGAACAAGAGGAGCAAGAAGAAGAUGGUCCAGCUGAAAAGACAGAGAAUGUGGAAGAACUGGAGAAAGAUGAACAGCAAGAGGAGGUGAUGGAACUGGAGGGACAAGAGGCGGAAAAGCAGGAACAAGAGGAAGAUGUUCCUGCUGAAAAGCAAGAAGAGGUAGAAGAACAGAAGAAAGUGGUUCCUCUUGAACAGCAAGAUGUGGAAGAACUGGAGAAAGAAGAGGAGAUAGAGCUGGAGGAAGAAGAGGAGCAAAAGCAGGAACAAGAAGAAGAUGUUCCUGCUGAAAACCAAGAAAAGGGGGAAGAACCGGAGAAAGAUGUUCCUGACGAAAAGAAAGAAGAGGGGAUACAACUGGAGGAACAAGAGGCGAAAAAGCAUGAACUAGAAGAAGAAGUUCCUGCUGAACAAAAACAGCAGCAGCCAACCCGGAGAAGAAGGGUUGCCAUCAGGCUCCAGAGGAUCUGGCGUUCCACCAAGAAGUUCUUCCGAGGGAUAAACUGUCGUCGCCCCACGCCUGCGCCGUGAAUACCUUGCACCCACACUGGAACCCACACAAGCAUUCACACAUACACUUACACACGCACCCUCCCUUCCACACACACAUAUUAAAG